UCUGCGUAAAGACGUAAAAAUUAUGAAAGAAAAUCAAUGUAGAUCUGAGGUAUUGGAAUGUUUCGCUGCAGUUCUACACGGCAAAUUUUUUGCUGAAGGGAACUACAACCAGAUUUUAACGGCGAAAUUCACCGCGAACCAAAAAGAAUUACACAUGGAAUUGAAGAUUGAAAUCAGUAAACAUCCAGAUAAUUUUGAAUUUGUGAAAAGUACCGUUGAGGAGCAUGGAGAAUCUCCCAGUGUCGACGAUGUGAAACAACUGCUCAUGGAGCAGGCAAUUACUCAUUCGGUUCUCGGAGCGAUGAUCGGAAACUACACAAAUCGCUUCAUCACUAAUAUCAACAAUAAUUCGAAUGUUCUGAUGUGAAGAAAAUUU